CGCCACCGUCGCGGCAGUCUAGUACCGAAACCCUAAUGGUUUGCUUGUGUGCGUUUAAUACACGAGCGUAAUAAAAAUAUUUCUCCGUGCGUGUAUGUGUCCGGCGAGUGCGAGUGCGAGCCAUAGAAGAGAGCACAUAGACGCAUAGAAUACAUACAGCACUACAUAGGUAUACCUACUGUAAACACAUUACAGUUUACACACACACACACACACGCGCGCGCGCUGCACACAAUCGCUGCACUGGUGCUGCCUAGAGAGGAGAAAAAAAAAUGUCCGUCCGACGUCGUCGUUCAUGACCAGCAGCAGCUGCCUGUUCCUUUCUUUUGUCUCGACCCGACCGUGUGUGUGUGAGUGUGUGUGUGCACGCCCGCCGCCGUCGUUGUCGUCCUCAGCAACGAUACAUCGAUAUAAUAAUAAUAAAAUAAAAAUAUAUUAUAUUACAUUAAAAAUAAAUGUUCGAAAAAUGUAUAGCGUAUAAAUUCGUAAUGUAUUCGUAUAGUAAUAAAUUAAUAAAACAAAAUAUAUAUUUAUAAUAUAAUAAAUAAUAAUCGUAUCGUCGCCGUCCGCGCGACAGUGUCGUGUCGUGAGCGUUAGUCAGUUUUGUUUUUUUUUUUUUUCAUAUAUUAUUAUUAUUAUUAUUAUAGUUAUUACUACGAGUCAAUUAUUAUCGUUAGCGUGUGCGCGAGUGUGUCGAUUCGUUGGAUCGCAAACCAAUUGUCGACAGCGAGUGGAACAACGAAAAUAAAAUUGUACGAAAAACGCCGAAGAAAAUGCCGAGCGCGUCGUUCAGUUCGACCCGUUCGUACACCCGGAGGACGAGGCGAAAAGGUACCAACCGCCUGCCCAUACCGUCCAGGACGUCGUCCAAUUCGGGUGGUGUCGUCGAUGCUGGAGUUACGUGUGAACCGUUAGUUGCUGCAAGCGGUAGUUAUGCUACUCCCGGUGGAGCUAGUACAAGUACUAGUUUCCAGCACGUACCGCCUUAUGAUUUAAGGGGUCGAAAAUCCCCUCUUCAUUUGCACGAUGCCAGCACCGCUGGAUGUAGUGCGACGGCACCUGUUCAUCCAACUGCCACUCGGCCUACAUCACCAACAGCGUCGGCUACUGCGUCGGUACUGCAGUCGGCCGCUACGCCUCCUCUAUCGCAACCUGCACGAAAACGACUUAGAAGAAAUACUUCUUGUACAAUUACUAGUGCUGACAAUUCAAAUUCAGCUGCUCAUUACUUACAAUGUGAACUACCGGACGAAGUAAUGCUAACAAUAUUUAGUUAUUUGUAUGAACAAGAUCUUUGUAGAAUAGCUCAAGUUUGUAAAAGAUUUCAAGCAAUCGCUAAUGACAACAACCUGUGGAAAAGGUUAUAUCAAAGUGUUUUUGAAUACGAUACACCUCUUUUUCAUACGGAAGGGUGUCGAUUUGAUUUUAUUCCAUUUGAAGAGAGCGAGCACCAUAAUCCGUGGAAAGAAAGCUUUAGGCAAUUGAAAAAACGUUGCUUACACGUGAGGACGCAUUAUACCGGUACAGCUAAAGAUCCAGUAAGACGAAUGCCACAUUUCGACACUAUUCAAGCGGCCUUAGACCACGCAGACGAGAAUUUAAACGGGGGCGCAAAGAUUUUCUUGCAUCCCGGCACGUACAGAGGUGAAUUCCUGGUAAUAGAUUCAGACGUUACGCUUAUUGGAGCCGCACCUGGUGUUGUCGCAGACGCAGUGGUUCUUGAACGGGAAACCGAAUCGACAGUUAUGUUUGUCGAGGGCGCAAAGAGUGCUUAUUUGGGACAUGUCACAUUAAAAUUUACUCCAAAUGUCACGUCUACAGUGCCGCACCAUAAGCAUUUUUGUCUGGAGGUCGGUGAAAAUUGUUCUCCCACCAUCGAUCAUUGCAUUAUACGUAGCUCGUCGGUCGUGGGAGCUGCAGUUUGUGUGAGCGGAGCCGGUGCGAAUCCUCGAAUACAUCAUUGCGAUGUAAGCGACUGUGAGAAUGUAGGUAUUUAUGUUACUGACCAUGCUCAAGGAACCUUUGAAGACAAUGAAAUAUGUCGAAACGCUUUAGCCGGAGUAUGGGUGAAAAAUCACGCUAACCCUGUGAUGCGCCGUAAUCACAUACAUCACGGAAGAGAUGUAGGCAUUUUCACGUUUGACAACGGACUGGGUUUUUUCGAAGCCAAUGACAUUCACAACAAUCGGAUUGCCGGUUUUGAAGUGAAGGCUGGUGCAAACCCUUCAGUCGUACAAUGUGAAAUUCACCACGGUCAAACAGGUGGAAUUUACGUGCACGAAAAUGGUCUAGGUCAAUUUAUAGAUAACCGCAUUCAUAGUAACAAUUUCGCCGGCGUGUGGAUUACUUCUAAUAGCAAUCCUACGAUACGACGUAACGAUAUCUAUAACGGGCACCAAGGUGGAGUAUACAUUUUCGGCGAAGGCAGAGGUCUUAUUGAACAUAACAAUAUUUAUGGAAACGCAUUGGCGGGUAUACAGAUUCGUACCAACAGUGAUCCUAUUGUUCGACAUAACAAAAUCCAUCACGGCCAACACGGUGGAAUAUACGUACAUGAAAAAGGUGCCGGACUUGUAGAAGAAAACGAGGUGUACGCCAAUACGUUGGCGGGUGUUUGGAUUACGACGGGUAGUACACCAGUACUGAGGCGCAAUAGAAUUCAUUCUGGUAAACAAGUUGGCGUGUACUUUUAUGACAACGGUCAUGGCAAGCUCGAAGACAAUGACAUAUUCAAUCAUUUGUACUCGGGAGUUCAAAUUAGAACUGGCAGUAAUCCAAUAAUCAAAGGAAACAAAAUAUGGGGAGGUCAAAAUGGUGGAGUUUUAGUCUAUAACGGAGGACUAGGUGUAUUAGAGCAAAAUGAAAUAUUUGAUAAUGCUAUGGCAGGUGUUUGGAUUAAAACCGAUUCUAAUCCAACAUUAAAAAGAAACAAAAUAUACGACGGCCGAGAUGGAGGGAUUUGCAUAUUCAAUGGUGGAAAAGGUAACUUGGAAGAAAAUGAAAUAUUUAGAAAUGCUCAAGCUGGUGUACUAAUAUCGACGCAAAGCCAUCCAAUUUUGAGGCGUAACAGAAUAUUUGACGGCUUAGCCGCUGGAGUUGAAAUCACCAAUAACGCAACGGCUACUUUAGAUAGUAAUCAAAUAUUCAAUAACCGUUUCGGUGGCCUUUGCUUAGCCAGCGGUGUACAGCCAAUUGUUAGGAGUAAUAAAAUCUAUAGUAAUCAAGACGCUGUCGAAAAGGCAGUUUGUAACGGUCAGUGUUUGUACAAAAUAUCGUCUUACACUUCGUUUCCAAUGCACGACUUUUAUCGUUGUCAAACAUGCAACACGACUGAUAGAAACGCAAUAUGUGUAAAUUGUAUUAAAACGUGUCACGCAGGACAUGAUGUUGAAUUCAUUAGGCAUGACAGAUUUUUUUGUGAUUGUGGAGCUGGCACAUUAAAUAACCAAUGCCAACUCCAGGGCGAGCCGACUCAAGACACUGACACAUUAUAUGAUUCGGCAGCGCCUAUCGAAUCGCACACUCUGAUGGUGAACUAAACAAAUUAAAUUUGUCAGGUAUACUAUAUAGUAUUGAUUUAAACAACAAAAUUGAUGUAUAACAUUAUUUAGGAUUUUCAAAUUGUUGGUACGUCCGUUCCUAGGCUAAAGUACCGACAGUGUACUUACUGUACAGUCUAGGACGAGAUAUACUUAAUGAUAAGUAUAUUAUAAAUGAUAUCUUCAUUCCUUUUUUUUUUUGUUCUUCUACUUAACAUUCAAACUCUAUGUGCUACCCAAUAUUAUUAUUACUUUUGUUACCGACAAACUCGAUGUUUUGACGGUGGUAUAAGUAUUUCGACUGCAAAUGAUUGUGAUUUUUCUAUUUCCACGUGAAUGUAAUAUAAUGAUGUGGAAGUCAUUCCAACAAUUUCGAAAAAUAAUUAAUUGGUCCCUUUUCACUGCUGACAUUUGUAUAACUAAUUGUGUGUAAUCAAUUCGAAUUGUUCACUCGCAUAAGAUCAUUACCUACCAUUAGACUUAAAAAAUAUAUUUAUAUAUAUCUAUAUAUAUAUAUAAAUUUAUGGUGUUAUCUAUCAAGUCUGUUAUUAAAUAAACAAAAUUAGAAAAUAACUCGUAUUAUUAUU